AUGUCUAUCUGCAUUUCCUUAUAUUCAGACAAUGUCGAUCGACGAUUUGAUGCUGACAAAUCAUCACUGAAUUCUCAGUAUCCUUCCAAUCCGAACAUACCUUCGGAGUUGUACACACGAGAAUAUCAAGCCCAAGCUAUCAACGGCCAAUCUUACCUUCCACCUCCACACGUGGUCCCUCAGUAUCAGCAAACCCAGUCUCAUUAUAAUUCACAUCUUCAAUUCACUCCCCAACCCCCUCCUCUGCAACCCGCAGAGCCAAGUAAAAGUGCUGAGAAGAAACGAAAGUCCCCCAAAGCGUCAACGGGCCCGAAACCUGAAGCGGCGAUCCCUGUUGCUGUAGACGGAGUCAUUCCAGCUAAAAGAGGUAGACCAAGGAAAAGUGCCAAUAACAUAACUGUAGCAGAAUCAGUGAAUCAAGAUCACCAGCAGCAGCAACAGCAGCAGCAACAACAACCAUCCAUAAUGGUUUAUCCACCACCACCUCCGAUCACCGGACAAAGGUAUAACCCUUCGCCCCUAUUCAACAACGACAGUGCAAGAUCGGGUAUUUCAACACCCUUAUCUGCCGGUGGAGAUGUCAAUAUGCGCGACGGCGUGCAAUUGCCCCCUAUGGGAUCUUGGGCACCACCUUCCAUCAAUUCUUCCCCUAAUUCCGCAAAUGCAAAGAAUUUGCCAAAUCAACAAAGACCACCUUAUGGUAGUUCUGAAAACGGAUGGUCGUCUGUGCCACCGAAACCAUUGAUGAACCCCGAACAGCAACAAUGGUCACAGCAAUAUCAAUCUCAAUCUGAUUCUCAAAUCCCGACUCGCGCAAUGAAGAGAGAAAGAGAGUCGGAUCAGGAUAACAGCAAUAGGCCGUUGAGUGACCCAGGGGAAGUCGAAGCUUCUUUAGCUCUUGCAGGAUUGAAAAGAAGAGAUAGCGCUCCGACAAGUGGCAAGAAACCUAAAAAAGAAAAGGAUGAUACCAAAUCGUCCAAUAAGAAAGCUGACAAGGAUGGAAAGAAAAGUUGUGCGGAAUGCAGAAGGUUGAAAGCGAAAUGUGAUAGAGUAUUCCCAUGUUCCAAUUGUCGACGAAGAGGAUGUGCACUUGUAUGUCCAGAGGGUGAUCUAAGUUGUAUGCAAGGCAAAAGAUUGGUUUUGGCGUCGACGGAACAACUUCAUGAAAGGAUUGCUCAAUUGGAAUCAGCAUUAUUCCAAUCACACGGCAGAAUCUCCACAGGUCAUCAUCCAUUACUCGCCCCGGAAUACUUAGAUGGUGGAUUUGCGUCUCUCCCACCUCCACCACCAUUAGUUCAAAAUGAUUCGCUAGACAAUUCUCAUUCGCCCAAAUCUGGUUCUCAUUCUCACUCAAAUGGAGAUGUGCACAAUCGAUCACCCAAAGGACCUUCGUCAGCCUCCAGUCUGAUUCUCGCCACGCCCCAACUAUCAGCCGAGAGAUCAAGCUCUCAAGGUCGUAUGGCCGUCGAAAGCUUGCUCACGGAAGAUGCAGCUGCUCCGGAAGGUAAGAGGGAAGAUGAAUGGGCAGGUGAAAAUGCUGCUCCUGCUAUGAUAAUCGGCACUGUAGGUAAUCAGGCGAAUGAGGAUCUCGAUGAACGACAUCAAGUGUUUGAAAGGCUCAAAAAGCUUUUACGAGUAUUGCCGUCUAGAGAAGAAGUACAAAGAAAAGCGGAAGCUUUCUGGAAGACCUCCGUCUGGUAUCAAACAGUGCUGCACAAAGAAGAAUUUGAUGCGAUUUACGAACCAGCUGUAUUUGCUCCAACACCCGCAAACCCACUGUCACCGCAUAAGUUGGCAGUAGUCCUUAUCGUACUGACAUUGGACACAUAUCUCGACAUAUCCUCUGAUGAGGAAAAUCUGGUGGUUGCUGAAUAUUGGGACGCUUUCCAACGAUGUUUUGACACGCGGUUCGGAUGGGCUGCGAGUGUAGCUGGAGUUCAAGCUUUGGCUUUAGCUACUUUGUUUGUUGGGUUUGGAUGGCGGGGAGCAAGAGCGUCCAAUUUCUAUUGGUUAAGACAGAUGACCUCCGCCUCAAUGCAGCUUGGACUUCAUAAAGAUCCUCAUCCAUCUUUACCUGAAGAAGAAAGGGAAUUCCGUCGUCGACUUUUCCACGAGAUAUUCGUGCUUGAUUGCUUGAUCUCCCUCAACCAUGGCCAAAGGACAGCCAUCCCGAUAGAAUAUGUCGAGGCUGCGUACCCCAAGAGUGCUACAACAUUGUCAUUGAAGAAAUACGAUUUCAUGAAACUGGUGAAAACACAGGUGAUCGAUAUUGGCUGUCUACCUGAUUCCGCUCCUGCCGAUUGGAACACGGUCGAAGAUGUCAAGAAUAAGUUGAUGCAGUUCGAUGUUACUGCUAUUCCCUGGCUACAUUGUCCGCUAUUGAGAGGAGAGCCUCUUCCCCCACCCGUUGAAGGUUUUACAGGAGAGGACGCUUUAGCGCUCCAGUCUACCACUACUUCCAUGUGUCAUUACAAGGCUAUGCUCUACCUGUUCCGACCUUCUCUGAGACGUCUUGUUGCUCGACUUCGGUUACAACCUCGCGAAUCGGUUGUAUUCAGCGAUGCUGAUCGAGAGACGGUUUCGAUGACAUACCGAGCAUGUCACGCUAUCACCCUCACAUCCUACUACAUGGCUCGUAAACAUCCCAAAAUGAUGGCUAGGUGUUGGAUGGUCUGGGUUCAAACUUUCUCCGCUGCUGUGUCGAUGGCGGCCUUGGCUAUCUGGUGUGGACCCCACUUAGAGAGUACCUUUGUCGGAUCUGCCUAUCAAGAGUUGAGCGAGGCUUGUGACAUGAUCGGGGAGAAUGGAAGCAAGAGGAGUCUUGGUGUUCUCUCCUUGUUACCUAUACUCAAAGCAUUAGUAGCCAAUCGAUAUCCUCAAGUGGUCGGCAAACAAGCCAACGAGACGUCAAUCUCGCAAGAAGGAGAGGAUAUGUUAUUUGCCUUGUUAGGUGGACAAGUUGAUGGUCGAGAUACUUCUUCCAACUCCCACAAUAACACACCUUCAAAUGCUUUUCAAGUUACUUCAAACCCUCCUCAAAUUCCAGUGCCACCGGCCCCAGCUACAACGACGAAAACGCAAUCGAACGCUUACCUGGGACAAGAUUCGGGCGAUAUGAGUAUACCUUUCCAAGCACCUAUGAUGAAUCCCAAUGCCGCUGCUGAGGCUUAUGCCAUCGGACCUUACGCUCAGCCAAAUUCGACGGGAUGGUUCCUCCCUCCUCCAGCUACCAAUGGAGAUAUGGUCUUGCCCCUUGCCCAAUCUGCGCCUUCCGCCUUGCCUCUCUCCACCACCACCACCACCACCACCAACAACAACAACAACGAUGAUGCGAAUGGGAAUAUAGAAACCCCUACUGAACUGUGGGCAAGGUUGCAGACUUUCUAUGAACCUACGCCGAUUUUCUGGAAUGGUAUGACCUUUGGUGGGUUGCCUGUAGAUGGUAUGACCGUCGGAAAUAUGCAGAACAUCGCGGGUGGUGCGAAUGCUGUCGCUGCUGGAGGCGUUGGUUUUGUCGAUUAUUCUGGACCAAUGUAUUGA